AUGGUCACUCCCAAGCGGUUUCCGACACUUAUACAAGUGCAACAGCGAGAAGGGACACUGUUCGAGGUACCCAGUAGUAAUUUCAGCAAGAGGCCCUAUUGGUUCCACUCCGAGUUCCUGAAGAGUCCGAAGACAAUUCAUCUUGAGUCUUGGUUGGUGGAAGCAAUCUUCGGCCGGGGUGGAGAGCGCAUUCCGCACGUCGAGUGCAUGUCCAACGUCCUGCUUCACGUGAAUCGGUGGGACCCGAAAGGCGAGGCUGAGAUCUUGAUAUUUGGGCGGCCUUAUUACCAGAAGGACACGUGCAAAGUAAUCAUGAACUUGGCUGACCAUUACCGUGAGCUCUGUGAGAAAGGUUCACAGGAGGCCCUUACUCCGCAAACCAAGACGCAGCAGCUUCCGAAGGCUGUCCUGGAGGUCGGGACCCUGCAGUUUCCGAAGGAUGUCCGGGAAGUCGGGACCCAGCAGCUUCCGACCGCUGUCCGGGAGGUUGGGACCCAGCAGUCUUCUGAGGCAAACGGGGAGGCCAGGAUCCAGCGGCCUCUGGUCGAGGUCCGGGAGGCCGGCACCCAGUGGCCGCCAGUCGAGGUCAGGGAAACCGGGACCCAAAAGUCUCCGGUUGAGAUCCAGGAAUCAGGGACCCAGCCAGCUCCCGAGGCUCCAGACCAGGCGGGGACCCAGCCAGCUCCCGAGGCUCCAGACCAGGCGGGGACCCAGCCGGCUCCCGAGGCUCCAGGAGAGGAGGGUGCAAGCGAGGCCCCCGGGACCCAGCCGCCUCCCGACGCUUCGGGAGAGGAGGAUGCGAGCGAGGGCCCCGGGACCCAGGCGGCUCACGAGGCUUCGGGAGAGGAGGAUGCGAGCGAGGCCCCCGGGACCCAGGAGGCUCCCGAGGCUUCAGGAGAGGAUGCGAGCCAGGCCCCCGGGACCCAGCCGCCUCCAGAGGCUGUGGACGAGGAGGCUGCGGGCGAGGCUGCGGAGACCCAGCCGCCAUCUGAGGCUGCCCGCGAGCCAAUUACCAGGUUAUGA